CUUAAAAAACAAAGACACUUGCACUAAAAAGAAAAGAGUAUAGAAGUAUUUUGCAGCCUCACUAUCAGAAAAAGAUAUCAAACAGAAGCCAACUAUGGCUCAAACCAUGUUGCUCAUGUCUGGUGCUCCUGGCAGCCGUGUGGUGGAUUUGAAGAGAGACCCUUUACUCAAUUCCCAAGUUCAAAAACUGAGGCCUGAGCCUCUCUCUCAUCUGUUGCUCCCUCCUCCUCUACCUUCGAACACUUCUUCAUCCCCAGCAUUGACAACUUUUGCUCUCUUCAAAUCAAAAACCAAAGCCCCUCCCCAGAAGGUUGCACCGCCAAAACCAAAGCAAAAGGUUGAAGAUGGCAUCUUUGGCACCUCUGGGGGCAUUGGUUUCACCAAGCAGAAUGAGCUCUUUGUGGGUCGCGUUGCCAUGAUUGGAUUUGCUGCAUCCUUGUUGGGUGAAGCAAUUACUGGCAAAGGAAUUCUAGCACAAUUGAAUCUAGAAACUGGAAUUCCCAUAUAUGAAGCUGAGCCUCUUCUUCUCUUCUUCAUUCUUUUCACCCUGCUCGGAGCAAUAGGUGCUUUGGGUGAUCGUGGUAAAUUCGUCGACGACCCACCAACCGGACUCGAAAAGGCUGUGAUCCCUCCUGGCAAAGGCGUCAGAUCUGCAUUGGGUCUUAAAGAAGGAGGUCCACUAUUUGGAUUCACAAAGGCCAACGAGCUCUUUGUAGGAAGAUUGGCUCAGUUGGGUAUUGCUUUCUCUUUGAUUGGAGAAAUCAUUACCGGGAAGGGAGCUUUAGCGCAACUAAACAUCGAGACAGGGAUUCCCAUCAGUGAGAUUGAGCCACUUGUGUUGUUCAAUGUUAUCUUCUUCUUCUUUGCUGCAUUGAAUCCUGGGACUGGUACAUUUGUUACAGAUGAGGAAGAUGAGUAGUUGCUACUUAAUGCUUUUGCAAGGAAGUUUCUUGUGUUUCAUUCAGUGUAACAAAUAAUGAUGUCUCACCUACCCUCUCAAUUAUUAUCAAGAACUUUGCAUGAUCCAUUCUGCAAUUUUGUUUAACAUAAUCAAAAGAUUCUGAUGCUUUUAGAAUUGAGUUCA